AUGGACAGCCAAGAAAAAUACGUCCAUACUGGACCUCAGUAUCCCCAAGGCAGCGAUCCUCAAUACCAAAUGCAAGCUCAUCCACAAGCACACCCGCAAGCCCAUCCGCCUGUAGGUGCCUAUGUGCACCCUCACGCGCCCCAGCAACCGCAAGCGAUUCCCCGAGAAGCUUACGGCCAGCAAGGUGGUGAAUGGCAAGCGAGUCUAUGCGAUUGCUCGCCAUGCUCGAGCUGCCUACUAGCCUGGUGUCUACCAUGUCUCCUGGUCGGUCAAACCUCUGAGCGCAUUCGGGAUCCCUCGAUGCAGACAGCCGACAUGAUGAAUAGCGAUUGCAUGAUACACGGCCUUAUUACAUGCUUCACCGGCUGCGGAUGGAUCUACGGCAUGCUCAAGCGAACCGAGAUUCGUGAACGCUACAACAUCAAGGGAAGCGGAUGCGGCGACUGCUGCGUAUCAUUCUGGUGCUCGUGCUGCGCUCUCAUCCAACAGGAUAACGAAGUCAAGAUUCGCCAACAAAAUGCCCAGCCUAUUGCUCAAGGCUACCAGCCGCAACCCGGCAUGCAAAUGCCAGCACCCUCUUACGCGCCUCAACACUGA